CUGCAAUCUAUCUGUUUAUUGUCGCGGCCCAUUAUCACUGCUUUCGACCUUUCAAUUAUCUAUGCUGGCCGCCCAAUAUGCCCGUCCUAGUUGAAACGGUUACGGAGCCCGCGCAAGGCCUAUACGAGGCCCGGGGGAAUAUAACAAGAAUUUCGCCCAUUCCCUGUUACCCACAGACGCAUGAUAAAUCUGUGGCUUUGAAUACAGCAGAGACGCUUGCUGAGACGCCGGCAAGUCCGAAGAAAAAGAAGAAGAAGAAGGCCAAGAAGGCCAAGGCGAAGGAGAACGGGAAGGUUAAGGUGGAGGAGGUACAGGAUACUCGGCCACCAGUUCUCUGCAUCAGCAGGAACAAGCAUUGGCGUUACAUCAGCUCGUAUCACGGUCCAUGGCUGCAACUUCCGGUAGAGCUCCUCGAGAGCCUGCUUGUCCUGAACAUGGACCCAGCCACCUUGACCGCCUCAGAACCCCGCGUCCCGCCUAUCCCCCAAUCCCCCUCGCACACUCCUCAUUCGCGCCGACGCGACCGGGGCUUCGCUAGCCUAGGCGACUACUCACCCCCCGACUCCCCUUACGACACCUUCGCGCACCUUCCUCCCCCUCCACCAUUACCAACACCUAAACCGGGAAAGGCCACCCCACCUCCUAUCGAUCCAGGCGUCUUCCGCUCCGUCGCCUCUAUCCGGCGGCUCAUCGACGAGGCCUCCGAAUUGAGCGUCCGCGCGAGCUCCGGGCUGAGCGCUGCCGCGCUGGUGUCCAUGCGCGACGCAAGCCGUAUCGGCAGCAGCCCCUGGGCGACCGCGCAGGCUCUGGGCCUGAACCCGCUCGGCGACACCGGCGGCGGGCGGAGCGUCGCCAUGAGCGCGAUGCGUGUGCACCGGCUCCGCGCCCUCGCGGUGCAGAAGCUUGCGGCGGCGUAUAAAGCGGACGAGAUCGCGUCGAGCGUGAUGGUCAUGCAGGGCGGGAGCGUAUUUGAUGACAUCGCCGAGCGCGUCUUGAAAGUCGAUCCUAACGACGUGGACGCGCGAUACGUGCAUUUUUUCCAUGAGAAGAUCCCCUCCCGUCAACUCGCCGAGUCCACCACGACUCAGGUCUUGGACGAGCUCAUAGCCGCUCAUCCACAUCGACUCGAGUUUUAUCGUACUCGUGGCAUCGUACAUUGUUUCCGCGAUGAAUACACGCUAGCUACCAAAGACUUCACGCAUGCGAUUAAAGAAGCUAGGGCGCAGCGGAAAGCGCGGAUGGCACAUAUGAAUAAUAUCAACCAGCCUGAGCCUCGGGCUAAGAAUGGGAAGAAGAAGAAAAAAGGGAAGGGGCCCGGGAGGAAGGCCAAUGAUCAGGCGACUGAGAAUGGCACCGGCGACGUUGGGCCACCAGGGGCUGCAAUUGAAGGCCCAGACGGCGAGCAGCUGUUACUGCACCCUUCCGUUCUGCCCGACGCUCCCGAGCCCAUCGAGCCACAGUGCUUCUUCCUGCGCGCUGCGGCGCAUCUCCAGCAUGCAGUCUUUCUAAUUGAAGAAGCCAUCCUGAAGCUGGAAGGGAUUCGCAAAGACCCCACAACCGACGGUGCGGAGCUGCGAUUGUGCUACAUCGAGAAUGGGCGGUACGGCGGCGUGGAGAUCGGGAAUCCCGACGGACCCCUGGGGCGAACGGACGGAGCCAAGUGCCGCGCGUAUCGCGGGGUUCUCGGGACAGACGCGUUCCGCGAGCAGGUGGUCUUGCUGCUCAGGAAGAGCAUCCGCGACCACGAGAAGUUCCUCGCGCACUUCGACACGCUGGAGGGCGGGUGCGACGCGUUCUUCACCGAGGGUGACCUAGCUGCGCGCACCGAGUACGCGUUCCUGCUGAUGGAGUCGUUGCGGCCGGGCAACCACUCGGCGGCCCCGCCUCUGCCGACGCAGGACGCGCCGGCGAUGUUCACGACUUACCACCCGUUGAUCGUCGAGAGCCAUUUUAGUAUCUUGCUCUGCCAGAUGAUGAUGGGCGAUUUUGUGGGGCUGGUGCAUGCGUUUGCGCGAACGGCUGCUUUGGUGGAUGGGCUGGAGGGAUACCCCGUGUUUUUGCCGCCGAGGAGUAUGGCGCAUGCCGAGUUUGUGGAGAUAUUGGAGAGGCUGGCGAGGGGGUGGAGAGUGGGCGUGGUGGGUACCCGCAGGAAGGAUGGCAGGGGUGGGAAGAGUAAGGUUUUGACCAUUGAAGCGCCUCCUCCGCCCUUGCCCGAGCGAGAGAGCACGCCCGAGGACGAGAGGGACGCGUCCGAGACGGACACGAUCGGCCCGUCUGCGUCCAGCUCGAGCAUCUCGUCCGCGUGUGGGUCCACAACGUCCACCUUCGUCGGGUCGUCCUCAUCCUCGCCGACCUCGUCACCCGUCACGUCGCCAGCGCCUGACCCGAUGCUGGUGGAAAACCUGAUGUGCGCGCGGGUGCUGCUGGCGCCGGUGGUGAAGCGUCAACGGGAGCGCGCGGAGGAGAAACGGAGGGAGCAGGCGAAGGGGGGGAAGAAAGGCGUUAGUAUCAAUAUACCGAUGCACGGCCCGCGGGUGGAGAUCGUGCUUGCGUGGCUUGGGGCGACGGCGCUAAGUGAGAUGGAGGCGGUUGCUUAAGGUGUUUUGUGAUAGUAAAAUAUGUUUAUUUAUGCGUAUGCUAUGAGUGGGCGGAUGGGAUGAAGGAAGGCGCUGGAGCUAUUCGUCUUUGGCUUUGACGUCUUCGGCGAUAUCGCGUGCCAGUGUGUCCAUGUAUUUGUAGGCUCUGCCAGCGAGGAGGC